AUGUAUGCAGACAUAUUGCAAGAAAUCCCACAAGUUACAACACCUCAAGAAUGCAUGUCCACGAUUCACCAUAAUACUUAUCAUAGAGUCAUAACAAAAAGUUCUCCUAUACAUGAACGUCCAAGAAGAUUACCAGAAAAUCUUCUAAUAGCAAAACAGUUUCAAAACAUGGUUAAAUUAGGCAUCUUAAACGAUUCCAUAAAACAAACAAAGAAAUCGGAUAUCAUCAAAUGGAAUUACAUUUUAGUAGAAGCAUUCAACCUGAGUAAACUUGACCAGGAAAACGCUUCAUUGCUUACACAUACAGUAAACGAUGCCACAAUAGCAGUUUUAGUAGACACCUCCAAUUUUGCUAUGGGAGCUAUACUCGAACAACAAGAAAUAGACAACAAUGAUAAGGACAUUUGGAAACCAUUGGAUUACUAUUCCAAACUGAAACACAAAAACAAUACAGUACGUAUGAUAGAGAAUUGCGUGCAAUGUACUCAGCAAUAA